AUGAGAAAAGCUGCGCACAGGCGUUCAUCUCUCGUAGUUCGUCGGCAAGCCGAUCUUUUGGAGAAACACAAGGCUGCAGUAGCUUUUGAUGGAGGGCCUCCAUCUGAAACAGCACCAGAACGAGAAUUUCGGCAAGCUAACGCUUCCGCCAAACUCCGACGCGGCAACUACGACAGUCUCAAUUACGCUCCAAUGGAUCAAGUCACAGUCUCAUCCCCCGUAGUCCGCUGUUCUUCUGCGUCUGGUGGACAUCGGGGAUUUAGCCGUCGUUCGGAGAUGUUAGUCAACCGGGCGUUAACCGUAUCUGAAAAGUCCCGCCGACCUUUUUCUGAGGUGACAGCAUCAUUUGAUACGACAGAAAGUCUGGGCAAACGCUCAAAAUUACCCAUCGAAUUCCCGGAAGCUUGUUAUCGGCAGAAUUCGGUGGAUUCUAAGAAGAAGGGAGCGGAAGAGAAGACGAUCGUCCCACAAGGUCUCAAAAAUUUAAACUCAGAAGAGGUGGGUGCUCUAAACGAGGUCAUUGAUCUAUUGGAAAAUUAUCACACUCCACAUAAACCAUAUGCAAAACUUACUUCGCGAAAGAUUGUGACGAAGGACAAGCUGAGAGAGAAAAAAUCGCCCAUCAGCGCUGUCAAAUCAUCACCAGUUCCGAAAAUCGUAACCAGUCCAUCUGCCAUUGACGAGUUCGAUGCGAAUCCAGCAAUCGAUGAUUCAUUCACGCAGUUCAAUCUCAGUGACUGGUCACUUGGGGAUAACAAAGAUACAGAAGUGAUCACGGAUCUUCAGGACACGGGAUCAACACCACCACCACCACGACCACUCAAAACAGUACCUGUUCCGGUUAACAAAGCCCUCCGCGGUCAGAUCACAGAGGUGGACAAAUCCAGGGAUCGCGUUCUGAUCAAAAUCGAUGUGGAUAAAAUGGGUGCUGUGGAUCGUGUGGCCGAUACUCCCGUGGAAGUGACACUUCUCGAUUCAUGGGCCGAUAGUGACUUCACCGUGGGUGAUACAGUCCAAGUUAUUCCCGGUGUUGGCAGUGCUAUUCAAGGACAUCGAAUCACAAUAAGUGACUCCUCAAAUGUACCGGAAUCCAAAAUGGGAUUGGAGACUCACGUGCCGUGCACUUUGGUCCAACAUCCGGACUAUCUCAUUUCGUGCACCAAGCUUGUCGGUAGUCUCUAUUGCACACGAAGAUCCAUUCUCGAACAAUUUUGGCCGUCCGGGGAAAGUGGUCUGGAAAAAUCGUUUGCCAACGCGGAACAGACCAAUCAGAAUAAUUCCGGUUUUGUUAUGCUACUGGGGAGUCUGUUGCACGAACUAUUUCAGCAGCUGAUUCGAAUCGAGAAUCCAGCAGCAAGCGAUGGAAAAGCGUGGAUUGAGUCUAUGCUAAGGCGAGCAGAUGUCAUUAUUCAGGCAUACGCUUGCCGCAUCAGGAUUACUGAGCUCCGCACUGCAUUGUCCGACAAACUGAAUGCAAUUCUUCGCUGGAUUGAAGUUCAUUGUCGGAACGACCGAUUUGGGAUCAAAGGAAAAAUAGAUUUUUCGCUUCUUUGUCGGGCUCCCGGCUCUUGGCUCUCAAAGACACAACACACAAGUCAUUCGACCGAGUCAUCCACCCUAUCACUGGUCCCCAUGGAAUUGAAAACAGGUCGACCGACAUAUUCUGUGGAACACAAAGGACAAGUGGGUAACCGAUUUCGUGGUCCUUCUUGUUUUCGAAUAGUCGGACAAAUGUCCAUUGGAGUCUUGCUCUAUUUGCUGAUGCUUUUGGAUCGUUAUGGGCCUCAUUGUGAGUUUUUACCCCAAAAAGAUAUCCAAACUGCACCGUUUGGUUGGUUGGUCUAUCUGCAAGACAAUCAGUUGGCUGGUUCCUCCACUUCUCACCCCGGUCUGAUCGAACCAAAUGCAUCGAAUUUUCGCGGUCUAAUGCAGACUCGAAACCGUAUUGCAACCAAGUUGAUGCGGGUAACCGGGAUGAAUCUGGACAUUCCGCCGCAAGCAGACAAAUCGAGCACUGUAUGGACACCGGAACUUCCCAAACCAAUCAGGCGUUUACACACAUGCGAAAUGUGCCCUGUUCAAUUGGCAUGCAGUUUAUUAUCGACAGGCGGUGAUCAUUGUUCCUCGAAACGUACUAGCUCAGUUGGUCAGAUAGAAAGUGUCGAUCAAUUGCUCUCAGUCAGACGCGCGCAUUUGACUUCACAGCAUGUGAGUUUUUUCUUCCAUUGGUCCCGGUUAAAUUUGUUGGAACUGGCCGAUACAGAUCGCCUGGAAAAUGUGGUUCGUCGAAUUGUGACCGGUGGUAGCGUCCACCCAUCCGGUGAGCUCGAGCCGAUUCCCGGGGAUUUCGUUAUUGUUAGCAGUCAUGAUUGCAAACACGUCGGGAUCACUUUGGGCACAAUUCUGCCCCCAGAGGCGACAAACAACAUCCCCACUUCCACUUGGUCAGACCUCAAGGGUGCGAAAAACUUCAUCGUAUUAGCCACGGAUGAACCAUUACCAAAAUGGAUUGAGUAUUUGCGACUCGACCGGUACGUGUCUUCCAAGGGCACACAGCUCAAUCUCUCUAAUCUCGUAAGCCUAAUGGAAGAUUCCGAUCUCGGUUCUUAUCUACGUCACCUGAUUAUUGAUCGAACACCGCCCACAUUCGCCAGCACACUUUCGAAACGUAUUGUUCAAGAUAUUCGUACUCUUCUCAAACCAAUGAAUGUGGAUCAGCGUGCAGCUAUUCUUCGCGUUCUCAUGGCUGAUGAUUACGUUCUCAUUCAAGGCUAUCCGGGAACAGGCAAAACACAAACGUUGACUGCUUUGCUGCAGGUGCUCGUGUUGCUUGGUCGGAAAACACUGGUUGUGGCUCACACGCACUCAGCCGUUGACAAUCUGUUGGGUCGAUUGGUUCAGGUUGUUGUUGGUUGUACCGCAUUGGCUGCAUCCGGUGGUCCUGAUUCACGACACGCGGCCCUUAGUCGUGCUCUGUUCGAUGUUGUUGUGAUCGACGAGGCGACCCAACUGUUGCUUCCCACCGCACUAGGAUCGCUGUUCUGUCUACGUCCGAAGCCGGUUGCUCGCGGUGCUCGUUUCGUUCUAGUCGGUGAUCCUCAUCAGCUUCCUCCGCUCGUGCAGAGUUCUCGUGCUCGCCAGGCCGGUUUGGAAUGUAGUCUGUUUUCGCAUUUGCUCCACAAUGCAGACAAAUCUGCUCUGGGCAACGCGACGCUGGAUUCAGUGUCAACCAAACAUCCGGGACUGGUCACACUCACUUUGCAGUACAGAAUGAAUCGUGAUAUUCUGUUCCUGACCAAUGAACUCACCUAUGCACAUGUUAUUCGAGCUGCUGAUGAACGGGUUUCCCAGUCCACACUGGCAGAUGUGUUAAACCCCGACGAACUAUUGACUAAAUCUCCAUGGGCAAAACGUGUUUUCAGUACAAGCGUUUCCGAUGCUGUUGUAUUCUUGGAUACACAUAUGCUUGGACUGAAUCCAUCUGAUAUCGGAAUAAUCUCACCGCACCGGAAACAAGUCGCAUCGAUCAAAGAUCUUUUGCACAGUUCCCACCACCGGGCCAUGUCGCUCGGGGAAGAACUUCAGUCUGUCGAAGUUAAUACUGUCGAUCAGUUUCAGGGAAGAGACAAGCGGCUUAUUCUACUUUCGUUGACAGUGUGUUCCGGGACAAACGCUGCGUACCUUUCAUCCAACCAAAAUGAACAAUCCGAUGGUCGAUUGAGCUUGCUUGACAAUCUCCCGCGACUCACAGUCGCACUGACCAGAGCGAAACACAAACUGGUCAUCGUGGGCUGCCCCGGCACGUGUACUGUUUGUCCACCGAGCAAUUCAUCACGAGCGUCGGACAGUAGUCGGGCUCUGUGCAAAUUGUUCAAGCUGCUACGUCGUAUUGGUGUGACUGAGAUUUUAUCGACUGCUGAUCAGGCUAUUUUAAAUAUCUAA